GCCAAAGCAGGAAGUGUGUAUCCACUCCGACGCUGAUUGAGCAGACUGCUUCUACAGCACUGUUCCGCUGCUCUCCGCAUCUGUCAAACAUCCCCGGAGUAACAGGACCCCCCCGGACUGACACAUGGACACAGCCGGACACCAUGGGCACUAGACUGAGGAAAAACCCCGAGCGAACCUUCAACUGGUUCUUCGAAGCAUCCUGCCCACUCGCCAAAGACAGAGAUCCAGAAGUGAGAUUUCAGUUUCCGGAUGAUGCCAGUGAUGAGGACUCCAACAAAACAAUCCCCAGUUUCUGCUUCCCUUACGACACGCAACGAGUGAAGGAUGGAGUCGCCGUGCAGCACUUUACUUUCGUCCUGACUGACCUGGAGGGACACCAGCGCUUUGGCUUCUGCCGUCUUGCCAGCAGCACACACACCUGCUUGUGUAUUGUCAGUUACCUUCCAUGGUUUGAGGUUUUCUACAAACUUCUGAACAACUUGGCUGAUAAUCUCACUAAAGGACAGACGAAGGAGCUGAUCCUCCUGCUGAGUUCUCUGUAUCAGCAGCCGGUUCCCCUGCCCUCUGGAUCAGUCACUCUGAAGAUGGUCCCAUACUUUAUCGCUCCAGAUCCCAGGAGUCUGCCUUCCAUUCCUGAAAAUAGGAACUUGACGGAGCUGAUCGUGGCAGUGGAUGUCGGGAACCUGCUCCUGCUGUAUGCCAGUAUGCUGUUUGAGAGGCGGAUCCUCAUAUUUGCAAGCAAACUCAGCGCCCUCACGUCUUGUGUGCACGCGCUCAGUGCAUUGCUCUACCCCAUGUGCUGGCAACACAUCUUCAUCCCCGUCCUUCCACCUCACCUACUGGACUACUGCGGUGCCCCGAUGCCUUAUUUAAUCGGGGUCCACACCAGUCUGUUGGAGAGGGUGAGCAGUCGUGGGCUGGAGGAAGUUGUCACUUUUAAUGUGGACACUAAUAUGUUGGAGACCCCCUUCGAUGACCUGAGGAACAUCCCCCCAGAAGCGAUGUCUGUGCUAAAGACGUGUUUGAAACGGCAGGCAGUGUCUCCAGGCUGUGGCGUGUCCAGGGCCUUCUUGACAGCUCAGGCUCUGCUGUUUGGAGGCUACAGAGACGCACUCCAGGGUCACAAGAAUGGUGAACUACGCUUCAGUAAGGAGCAGUUUCUGGACAAGCCACCCAGCAUGAGACACUUUCUGGAGAGUGCUGUUCACCUGCAGUUUUUCAAACAGUUCAUUGAUGAUCGCUUGGAUCUCCUUAACUCAGGAAAGGAACCAGACGACCUGUUUGAGGAGCAGAUUCUUAUUGGUGAGCCAACAGAUAAAAACAAGCCCUAUCAGCAGAUUGUCGGGAAUUUAAAGAAAGGGGGCGGAGCGCUCAUCCUCAACAUGAAAUCUAAAGCCAACACAAAGGCUAAAGCCCUUACAAGAUCUGGUUUAAAAAACCUGCUACCGCACAAGACACGCCAAGAGAGCAACAAUCUCCACAGACGUGGCUCAGUGUCCAACCAUCUUUCCCAAUCUGACUGUCUGCAAAACCGCAUGCCAAUCAAGCAACACUUCGGGAUGUCCCGUCCUCCUCGGCCUGUUUACAAAUCCCUCGGUAGCCAAGACAACGGUGACUCGGCUGAGGAUUCCUGGAAGGGUGCUGUGUCCUCACCUGUGGAUGAGUCAGACCCGACAGAUGAAGACAACUCUCACUUCUCCGACCCUGAGGAAAUGGACCUGCUCGGGGAGAUCUUUGAGACGUUGAGCAGUAGGAGCAUGCAUGACCGUGGACUCCUGUACGGCACGCGAAGCCUGGACUUAUUUGGAUCUGACAGCUACGACUUUGUUCGAAAGCAUGGCUCAGUCAACCCGAGUCAGGAGAGCUUGUCUGCGUCGGUCGGCAGCAGCGACUUCAUGGACAGCUGGAAUGCUGAAGCAGCAGAUCAGGCCGAGGACUUGGAUAGUUUGAGUCUGGACAUGAGCGUGCAGGAGCAGGAAGUGGCCGAGUUUAGAGCAGAAGAACGAGACAAGAGACAGGGAAACAUCGGAUGGACCAAGGAAGAGGACAACACUGUCCAGACUGACAAUGUAAUCAUCCCUGAGGAAGUGAAGAACGAAGGUCUCCAGAACGUGACGAAUGAGACGCUCCAAGAUGAAAAGUUCAUGGAGGAAGAGCAAGAGCAGAGUCAGGAGAGCUUGUCUGCGUCGGUCGGCAGCAGCGACUUCAUGGACAGCUGGAAUGCUGAAGCAGCAGAUCAGGCCGAGGACUUGGAUAGUGUGAGCCUGGACAUGAGCGUGCAGGAGCAGGAAGCAGCUGAGUUCAGAGCUGAAGAACGAGAAAAGAGACAGGGAGACAUCGGAUGGACCGAGGAAGAGGACAGCACUGUCCAGACCGUAGGAGAAGACAUCCCUGAGGAAGUGAAGAACGAAGGUCUCCAGAGCGUGACGAAUGAGCAAGAGCAUGGUCAGGAGAGCGCAGACGACACAGGCGAACAGAUAGAUGAGGUGAACCAGCAGCAAGAUACAGACAACAAAUGUGUGGACAAACAAGAGGAUCAAGUUGCUCAAACCUCGACUGCUGCGCCAAAUCUUGGAAUCCAGAAGGCAAAAGCAGAGCUGGACGCUAAAAUCUCUCCCACAUCAGCAAUAGCGAGUUUCUGCCCUCCAGUUUCCAGCCAAGCAUUCGGUCUCAAGCUGAGGUCCAGAAGCACAACCGACACCAACAAACCCUGCAAUAGAUCGGAUGCGAGGGACUGCUCCGGAGAGGAGGAGGGGCUCCCCCAGGUCAAAGUGUCAGAACUGAAGAAAAGAUUUGAAGCAAAGUGACUGGGCCCCGUGUGGGGACUCUGAGACUCAGUUUUGAACUUGAAUGUAAUUUCAAAACUAUGUUCAGGUCUUGAAUUUGAACGCUGCACAAGGUACAUUUCCAACUCACCAAGCUGUCGACGUUUGACAAGGGAGGUUAUCAAUCUCUUUACAUGCCCAUAUCACCUGAUGAUAAAUCUCCAUCUUAACUGUGGGCGGGAUUCGGCUAGGAAUAUCCAGUUUGCAUGAGUUCUCACAGGCAUUUCAAUUAAAAUGAAAGCUUAGCUUCUCCUGCUCUCUUUACGACCGGCUCGACCAGUUCCCACAGAAUUCCCUCGAUUAAACAACCAGCGAGGUAAAACUGUUGACUCAGCACAGUCCUCUUCUUAAUAUUAUAUUAUUUAAAUAUAUAAACUUAAACUUAAUUAAAAUCACAGAAACUUACAAGACAUCUUGAUCUUGCCACUCAAUUUAUUUAUACUUUACUACUAUUUUAUACUUUUAUGCAUAUAGACAUUUUGAUACAAAACCUUCCUUCACAUAACUCCAAAAAUAGUUUGUCUUAUAAAUACAUAGCAGUACACACACACACACACACAAAGUCCUUCAUCUUAAGGCCACCAAGACUUGAAUAAAAAAAAAAAAAACAUCUUCCCAUUUUAAUGCAGAAAGAUGGGUAAUACUUUAUUUGUGUCCUCAGUCGUUAAAAGUGGCGCCUAUAAUUUGAGUAUAAAAUAACAGGAGAUCAUAUCAGGCGCUCUUCUUUGGGUAAAGGUAACGGGAGACUAGGCUUGUCCGUUCCUGCUGCUACCACCUGCUUCUUCUCCUCCGCGCUGGGUCUGUAUGUCCCUUCCAGCCGCCUUUUCUUCCUGAUCACACACAGUAGCAGCAGCAGCAACAGGUUGAGCAGAGACAACACCGUGACUGCCAGGGCGGUCCCCGUAAGUUCAGCUCCAGUCUGCAUCGUCAUGGUGACGGCUCGCUGAGAAAAGGCACAGAGACAAACAGCCGGGUUUGGAGUGAAGGAGGACGACGGACAGCUGUUUUGCGACAGAAGUAACAAGUCAUUUGACUACUGAUGAAGAUGCCUACCAGAUGGAAAUGCACAUAUCUGCUCUUGGAAAAAAUAAAUAAAUGAAUGGUUUUGUUAU